UUUUUUUUUUCUUUUUUUCCCUUUGUUUUCUGGUAAACCAAAAUAUUAGCUAAUUACAGCUAAAAGAGCAAAGGAAAGAUGGAAGACGAUUCACAGCAAGAUCAACAUACACAACAACUGCUAAUUGCACUAUGGCAAUCAGUAAAAGCCAUUGCAAAAGAAGAAGCCAAUUCACUCAACAAAGACGUCUCUGACGCAUUUACAGCUGCUUUGACAGAAACAUUAUUUGACCAAAUCCAAACAAUGGCAAUCGAUCUUGAAGCAUUUGCAAGUCAUAAUAGUAGAAGAGCAGUAAUCAAUAUGGAAGAUGUCAAGCUCUGUGCACGACGUAAUGAAUCACUGUACCAGAUCAUUUCUGAGAGAGCAAAGGAGAUGGCAGAAGAAGCAACCAAUAAGCGGCGACGAAAUUAGACAAUGAUCUGAUUGUAUAUAGAUGACAGCCCCUCUUUACUUUCGACC